AAUUGUAUGAUUCUGCAUAUGAAUCCCAAAACAUUCUAACUUGCCAUCAUUACAUAAUUAGAUAAAUCAAACCAUGCAGUGCAAAAUCCUACAAAAAUAUUAUUAUAGUUCAUAAACUCAAUAAAUUACAAGCUCAAAUCACAAUUGUGGGCGCAUUCUCCUGCAGUCUAUUAUGAAAUGCGCGCUUUCCACUCUGUCUCUUUAAAGUCACUGGAUUGUAGCCAGUAACAUGAAUGGUGCUGGACACGUGAGUUUGUCUCAAUGUGGUCUCUCCUCUUAGCGCCGCAGAAUUUCUCAUGUUUUCUCUGGCGGCGGUCCAGUUUUUUUCUGUCUUGCUCCCCCCCACCCCCCACCCUUGUGUUAUCCACCCACGGGAGAGGUGAUUUUUUUUUUUUACCUCAUCCUCAUUCAGAGUAGACUGGUUUCGUGUGGGCUGAAGAGAUGCAUUUAUAAUGCACACCGUGUUUUAGCCGUGAAAAAAUCGUGCCCGGGUAUAGCUUAAUCGGGAAACGUAGUCCUUGCGAUUUGUCAGUCAAUCGCGGCGCGUGGAUUUGACAGUGCACUGUCACUGUUCUCUUCAAUGGUGUCCUGCUCAUUUGUACCGACAACACCGAAUUUCCAAUUGAUCACUGGCUUAUUUGACCACUAAAGCCACCCCCACCCACUUCGACAGAGGAGGCAUUUUUCUGAACCAAAACUAAAGAGGACAACAGUGCAUCUCUUAAUAGCCUACAGUCAAACAUCACCGUUUCUUCCUUUUUUUCCCCCCCUUUUCAUUUCUGAGCAUCACUAAUUUCCUCAAUUUACUUUGAGAAAAGACGAUCCUUGCAUUACAACAGAGGAUCCCCCCUCUCGUGAUCCGCACCAGGACGUCCGGACUGUGAUCUAUACUAGAAGGUGCAGGAGAUUACAUUUUGGUACAAGUAACAAUGAGUGCACGCGGUGAAGAAGCCGGCGAAACUUCAGGGACCCAGGAGCCACCAGCAACAUCAGAAGCAACAGAGCCUCCGAAGCGGAAACCGGGCAGACCGAGGAAGCCUCAGAAAGAGCCCACCGGAGAGCCUGUCCCCAAACGACCGAGGGGGCGCCCGAAAGGAAGCAAGAACAAGGGUCCUUCCAAGGCGGUGCAGAAGACGGCUGAGGCUACUGGGGAGAAGAGACCUCGAGGGCGACCUAGGAAAUGGCCACAGCAAGUGGUCCAGAAAAAGCCUGCUCAGGAAGAAGAAGAAGAGGAGGAGGUGGAGGAGUCGGAAGAGGAUGACUAACCGACCGCAGCAUAGAACCUCUACCUCAUUCACCUGUCAGGUCUUUCCAAGGGAAAAGACUGCCUUGACCACUUAUUUUUGGACUUUUAUGGCCUUUCCACAUAUAUUUCAUUGGGUUUCAUUUACGAUCAUUUCAUCCUUGUACACGAUGUUUUCGCCGUUUCGAUACCGGGAACCACCCGUAUUCCACAUGGGCGUGAGCCCCCAAAAAGAAAAAAGGAAAGCUAUGACACAGCACCGUUGUUGCGACAACACGUUUUUUCACACCGCUGUAAGCACAGAGGUGCAGUGGUUUAACACCCAGAUAGUACAACUGCGGUUGAUCCCUCCCAACCUAACCCUCAUGAUUGCCUGAGUCGACUGAUUCUCCAGGCAUCGACGGCGAAAAAAGCAACUUAAACAGUCUGGUUUUAUUGUUCUAAGAUUCACUACGAAGGGCUGCAGCUUCUAUGUAUCGGGCAUAGGAUCCAAAACAGAUACAGUCACCCACACACCCCCUACCUGUCCACGCACAUCCAUUCACUACCCCACAAGUCCCAUAUAAGACCACCAAAGACAGGGAAACAGAAAGCUCUCGCCUCAGGUCAUUGUUUUAUCCAUCAGGUCUUGUCGAGAAUUGGCUUUUGGCAUUGCUAAAGUCCAGAUUUCAAUUCAAUUCAGUUGAGAUUCGUGGGCUUUGCUAUGAUAUAAUUUCCCUAGUUUAGAUUUGCUAUGAUAUGAGUUUCACAGACAACCAUUUGUAGAUAACCAUUAUCAAAUGUAAGCAUUGCUUUUGACAUUAGCAAGACUUUUAUGGUGUUGAAUCACCGGUAUGAAUCACCAUGCAUAUGACAACUAAGCUUUAAUGUUUGCUAUUGUUCACCUCAUAUGAUAUAAGAAUCUUAUCAGAGGUAAUAUAAGAUUGGUUUUACAAUUCUCUUACAAAUGUUGUACCUAAUGUUCUGUUUUUUUUUCAAUUAGGUGAAUGAUAGAUAACAGGGGUAAAAAACACCCAUUGAUCAACUUGAAUGUCCAGUUGAUGCCUUAAGGAAGCAUUUCAAGGACAGCUUUAACCCUAAUGUGCUUAAAGCCAAAUUGCCUGAGUUGUGGUAGGUUUCGAGUGAUGUAAUAACUGUAUUUUAUAUAACAGUUGGAUAGCAUGACUGCUGGCUUCUCCUCCCUGUCUUUGGUGAACAAACAAACCAACCAUUGUGGAUGUAGAGAUAAUCACAACAUAUUUUAUAUCCUUAUAUAUUAUACAACCAAUACUGUCACACUGCAGCAAACUACUGUAUUCCACAUUCGUAUGGAUGGCAUCGGACUAGCCGACUCAUUUGUUUGUACAUAAUUCUGUCAUUUUGUGUCUUUUUUUUCUUCUUUUUCUUUUAAAACAUAGCUUUAAAUCAUGAAUCCCGUCAUUGACCCUAUUACAAAGGAAAUACUGUAUGUCACCUUGGUAUGUCUUACAAAACAAACCUCAAGAACAAAACCACAAGAACAAACCACACUUUACCUCAGAAUACACUUGAUACCUGUACGGCAGUGUGAGAUAGGAAGACUUGCCUCGCACUGGAACCCCAGGGAUCCUCGUUUAAGGGAUUCUAAGAAUCAUGAUGACAUGCAGGCACUUUUUCAGUCACUCAUGCAAUAUCUCCUCACCAUUUCAAACUACCUCUGAUUUCUGCAACCAGCUAACCAGCUCAUGAAAUUCACGCUGCUGCACACAAGACAAUGCAUGGGGAUAGCAGUGUGUACUGAUGAGUAAAAUGUCAAUACCAUAUCUUAUGAGUCAUAACAAUAUUCUUGUCAAGGUGAAACAGCUAUUUUCUGCAAAUGUUUUGUGUGAAUUGGGCAGGCAAUUUCCUGAAAUCAGUAGUCUGUUUAGUUUUUCCUAUGUAAUACUCAAACGCAGCUAAGGGAAUAAGUACUGUUUUGUCUUCUUCACAUUAACAUUAGAGUGUAUCUAACAAUUGUAACAGAACACUUUCAAUCUGUACAACUGGGACUCUUGUUAAAACAAAAAACGGUUAACUUGAAUAUAUAUUUUGUACUGAUUUACUCAAUGGUUUAUUAAGGAUCAAGUGCUUGUAUGACACGACAUGAUAUUAUUACGAAUGUUUUUUUGUUUGUUUUGUUUUUGCUCUGAAUUGUAGAUUAGUUUUUUUUCCUGAACUAUGUACUAACUAUAUAUGUACCUCAAACAGACUGAUGAAAAUGGACUAAUAAUCAAUUGACAAAUACCUACCUCCAGUCUUGAAAAGGAAUUAUUUUGCCGGGUUACUUUCAUUAUGAUUUUUGAUGAUAAUGUAUGAUGAAAUGAAAUCUUUAUUAGGACUGCAAAAGAUCCAUACUCAAAAGUAUUUUUGUAACAGUUUUCACUUCUGAACUAAGAACAUUUAGAUUUCACCCUGGGGAAGAAAUAGUCUUGAAAAAAUCUUGAAGACUUUCAGGUUUUGAAAUAGAUACAUGUAUGUUUGAGUUUUGUAUAUCGUAUUCAUGGGUUUGUUUUUUUUGAAAAAUUAGUAGAUAUUGAUAUACUUGAUUAGCUAUUUUGUGUACUUUACACAAAUGUGAUUUUCUUUUCUUGUUGAAUGGUUAAAACCAGAUGUAUGAGAAAAACUUCUUACGUAGUGAUGGAAUACACCAUUUUCCGCUUCUCUCCAUGGCAAACUUAACAUGGUAUCCUCAACUGGGCCUUAGUCAGCACCUCAGAGGGAGCUAGGUCUAAACUGUGAACAUCAUGCCCUCGCCAUUCACACUAGUAUGAUGAGCUAUUUUCACUUCAAUGUAUUUACCAUACCAAGGUUUGCAUCAUUUUACUUUAAACAUCUCACUGUAUUUGCUACUAUGGAGCCAGAGUGCUACGUCAUUUUCAUGUACUGAAACUGUCACAGGUAUCUUCUCUUUUCCUGGAUCCACCCAUAACAUGACAUCAUUUUCUUCUCAUGGGAAAUUUGACAAAUUGCCAAAAUAAGGUUUGUGUCUACCACAUGGUUUGGAAAGUUUUGCAUGUUUUCCGAGUGAAUACCUAUCAGUUGGGAGGGCCAUAAUCAAGUUAUUUACCCAGAUUCAAUGGCUACAUCACUUAAAUACACAAAGAAUGAGGACACCAGAAAAUAAACUGAAUGUUUACUCUGUCCUAGGUCUGUGUUAACGAGCUAAAACAAUAUAACAACAUAACAUUCACUCUAUAUUUGGUGCUUUCCUCAGAGCAGUAAAGCUGUUGAUAACUGACAAAGUCACAUCACUUUCCACCCCAAUAUCCAACUAUAAAAAAUAAAUUAACUACACUGGUGGAAAUAACUGCAUACCUGUGUUAGCUGGCAAAGGCAUGAUGUAGCUUUGAAAGCAUGGCUUUAAAACAGAUGGCUUUCAUGGCUGAGACCAACAUAGCCACAGCAUUUAAGUAAAGAACAUAAAAAAGGGCAAAAUGUUGUGGCGCACAUAGCUGACACUUAUCACUGAGGUAAUAGUCAUCUUGCAUUUUGGGAUCUUUAUGAACUUUGAAUUGUAUUUCAUAACCGUGUACUUGAGUUCAAAGGAUAAACACCAGCCGAUAUUUGCAUAUUUGACCUCAAUGUUGAUAUGAAUGUGUGUGGAAGCCACUGUUGUUGUGCUUUUAGCUCUGGGAGUCUUAAUGAAGUUCAUCUUGUAUCUUCAUGAUAACAUGUUCUAGUACAAUCGAAUACACAUUACUACCUCCAAAAGAGCCUCCUGUUACCUCAUUCUCAAACUUAAUAUCUGCUUCAAAUCCAGGUGGCCUAGAGAACAGGGAGAACAUCUAUACAUUUUUAUAUAUAUAGUUUAUUUUUGUGGGGGAUGAAUUUUAUGAGACUGUUCUUCUCUGCCUCUCCACCGUCAUUAGGUAAGACUGGACAUUUAACUUUAAAAAAUAUAUUUUCUUACAUUAUGCAAUGUUGCGUAGUUAUGUUAGCCGUGGGGUAGAGGUCUGGAGAGAAAAUAUAAUCGUUUUCUCAAUUGAACUCCUCCCUCUGUAUAAUUUCAAAUACCCUCUACAGUAUCUAACUUUUAUUGCUUUCUCUACCCACCUAGUAUUGCUGUCUUUGACUACACUUCAGAUUGCUCGCUUGAUAAAGCAAAAAAAAAUAUUUCUUUAUAGAUAUUCACAGCCUUAAUCAGCACAAU